GGCGUCGCUUAAAUAGCUUGGUCGAAGGCGGGUUAUAACCCAAAAAUAAACUCACCUGGGCGGUAGCCAAGUAUAAAGUGUAUGAUUCAACAUCGCAGCUGGAACAGUACCAGUUGGCCAACGGGCAGGAUUACGUGCAGCGCGUGGCGAGCCUAAAGGAAUCCCAACAGCAAAGGAGCCUUAGCAUUAAGAUUUAAGAUCUAAAGUGACCUACAUCUAAUUAAAGAGACAUCGGCGCUGUGACAGACGUGUUUUGCCCUGUUGCACAAUCUCCAAGCCCGGCGUUUAGUGAUAUUAGUUAUUUAUUUGUAAUUGAUUUAAAACCUCACGUUGUCUGAUCGAGACUCAUCAUUUCCGGUGUAUAUGGACGCGUUAACAGCUUUUGGCUUGAUUUAUUGGCUGAUCUGCAUGUUUCUCUUUGGACCUAUGAUGUUCUUUGUCUGCGUUUACCUGCCCGAAGUGCCAGUGCGAUAUGUGAAGAGCCUGAGACAGCAAACAUAGAUCUUUUACACCCUACUUAAUUGAUUAUAAGUAUACACACCCAAUACAUAGCACAUAGAAUAUACAAUUUAUACCGAUAUUGAUGUACUCGCAUAAUCAAUAUAACAACGCAUUCUUUACAAUAAAAUCAUUCAUGUGUUACAUUCAAAA